AUGUCUGGAAGAGUACCUAGAGAGGAGAUCAAGGUGCAGGCAGAGGUGGAGGUGGGGACAGAGGACAGCCAUUCCACCCUCGAGGGCAUAGCAGAGGAGAUCGAGGUUCAGGCAGAGGUAGAGGCAGAGGCCUGCCAACUCAGCCCGGAUGGAGGCUCUGUGACAGCAUAUGACUCAACGGUGAAGCAAAUUGAGGAGGAGAUACAAGCAAAUAUCCAGCGAUCGAAAAGCUCUUCUACCCUCACAAACGUCUUCCCGGAACGUCCAGGUUUCGGAACCAAGGGGAAAGAGAUACUGCUGUGGACAAACUACUUCGAAUUGACAGGAUACGGGAAUCUCCUCCUCCACCGUUAUUCAAUCAAUAUCACUCCUACUGCCAGCGGCAAAGGUCCAGGUGCCAAAAGGACGAGACGUUUGGUGCACUUGCUGCUUGAGGAUCAUUUCAGCGACCACGAACUUGAUAUCGUUACGGAUUUCAGAUCGAACAUGCUCAGCAAAGUGGAAUUGAAUCUCAGGGAUCACUAUCGGGUGCCAUAUCGUCAAGAACACCAACAAGACCCGAGCGCUAAUGCUCCUGUAUUCCAGAUCACGCUUCGUCAAAACGCCGCUCUGUCGACUUCAGAAUUGCUGGAUUAUGUAACCUCCACAAAAAGCGCCGCACUUUUCGGCUCCAAAGAUGAGCUGAUCCAAGCUCUCAACAUUGUAAUGGGACAUCAUCCAAAAGCGGCAUCUGACAUUGCAAGCGUUGGAGCACAUAAACACUACCCCAACACAGCUACAACAGAGAAGGUCAACUUGGGAGAAGGGCUACAGGCAAUCCGAGGGUUCUUUAUGAGUGCUCGAGCGGCCACAGCGCGGAUUCUUGUCAACGUGCAGGUCAAGUACGGCGCGUUUUUCCAAGAAGGAUCAUUGGAAGGGCUCAUAAAUGUCUUCGUAACUCAGAAUGGGAACAAUAAGCGGAAGCUGGAAACUUUUCUGAGGCGAUUGUCGGUGAGCGUCACACACAUCCAGCGAAGGGACAGGAGCAGAAAGGUCAUUCCUCGCAUCAAACAAAUAUUUGGCCUUGCAUCGGAAGGUGAUGGUCAACAGCAGGUACACAAGCCUGUGGUACACAGUUUCGGUGCCGGUCCGAAGGAAGUGAAGUUCUUCCUGGCAGCUGCCGAUCCUGGUUCUCAAACACAGAGGCAGAGACCUGGAGGAGGCAGCAACAGCAGCAGCGGUGCAACUCAGGGGAGAUAUGUCAGCGUCUACGACUUCUUCAAGCAAACAUACAACCUGGUCAUUCGGGACAUUAGCUUGCCAAUAGUCAAUGUUGGAAACAAACAAAAUCCAUCUUACCUCCCGGCUCAAGUCUGUCAUGUCAUCGGGGGCCAGCACACAUUAACGAAACUGAGCCCGCCUCAAACGCAAAACAUGAUUAAAUAUGCGGUGCGUUCACCAGACCAAAACGCCCGCUUCAUUGCAACUUCUGGGGUGAGCUUACUAGGGAUAUCACCGAUGAAUGCUACACUGAAUAACUUUGGUCUUGGGAUCAAGCCCAAUUUUGUCUGCGUGCCCGGUCGUGUUUUGGACACCCCAAGGAUCCUUUAUCAGGGAAAAGGUGUCACCAACCCUCGUGCAGCGAGCUGGAAUUUGCAAAACGUGCGUUUUUCGACGCGAUCAAACUUGCCUUACUGGACUUACCUCGCAAUCUCGAUGCGUGGUUCUGCCUCACCAUGGGGCUCUGAACAAAGCCUGCUAACCGCGCUGGAUGGUUUUACCCAGAAAUUGCAAGAGCUUGGUAUUACCGCCGUCAAUCACACCCCAGGGAUGAAUCUGACUCUCGACCACUCCACAAUGGAGAGACAGAUCGACAAUUCUAUCCACUUAUUCAUGCAUAGUGAAAGGAGGAAGCCACCAGGCUUCCUGCUCGUCAUACUUCCCUCGAAGGACACCAGAAUCUACAAUCGUGUCAAAACUGCCUGCGACGUCAAAGAAGGACUCCUCAACGUUUGCGCUGUGGCUUCGAAGUUUGUCAAACCUUACAACGACCAAUAUUUCGCCAAUCUUGCUUUAAAGGUCAAUUUAAAGCUUGGAGGCAGGAAUCAUUCACUCGACAACCAGAAGCUCGGCAUUGUGGCCGAAGGAAAAACCAUGAUCGUCGGCUUGGAUGUUACACAUCCGUCCCCAAGUUCUGCGAAAACGGCACCCAGCGUUAGUGGCAUCGUGGCAUCAGUCGACAAUUGGCUCGGACAAUGGCCAGCAGAGCUCCUCAUUCAACCUCCUGGUCAGGAGAUGAUUACGGGCCUUCAGCCACUGAUUCAAUCACGACUUCAGCUGUGGCAAAAGGUCAACAAGUCCCUUCCCGAUAAUAUUCUCGUUUACCGUGACGGUGUCUCCGAAGGUCUAUACAACUUGGUUCUCGAGAAAGAACUUCCAUCGUUCCGAGCCGCUUGCAAGGAGUUAUACCCCCCCGACAAGACUAAAAGCGGGUUUCCUAGCAUCACCAUCAUCAUCGUUGGCAAGCGGCACAACACUCGCUUCUACCCGACCAAAGAAACCGACGCAGAUAGAUCGUCGAACCCACCAAACGGGACGAUUGUCGAUCGCGGCAUCACCGAAGCUCGAAACUGGGACUUCUUUUUACAAGCCCACACCGCUUUGCAAGGAACCGCUCGUCCUGCGCAUUACUACAUUGUGCUGGACGAGAUAUUUCGGCGACUGCCUGUCAAGCCGCCCUUUGGCAAUCCCGCUGAUAUGCUGGAAGACCUGACGCACAAUCUCUGCUAUCUCUUCGGACGCGCAACCAAAGCCGUCAGCAUCUGCCCGCCUGCCUACUACGCCGACCUAUUAUGCGAGCGGGCGAGAUGUUAUCUCAGCGGCCUGUUUGAUCCGGAGGUCUCAGAAAGUGGCUCAACAAGCACUCAGUCGACGCAAUUACCGGAUCAAAGUGCGGUCAGAUUGCAUCCGAAUGUGCAAAAUUCGAUGUUCUACGUGUAA